CAACAUGACGUCUGCUGCAAUCAACAAGAAGACACGGACCGGACGAAUCCUUCUUCCAAGAAGCUGCUGUUAGUGGCCAGAAAAAGAUUUUUGAUCAACUCAGCGCAAGUUCCAUGCACAUCAUCCAGGCGUCCAGCAGAAGGCGCUCCACGGUCUGUGGUCUUUUAACCAGAGGACGAUAAGCGACGAUAGUCCCGCUUGCUGAUGUUAAGAUAAAAAGGACGAUGAUCGUACCACCGUGAUCGGAAUCGGAUUGUGAGCGUGUGCGUAAGGAAACGGAGUGUGCCAAAGGAAACGGAAAAGGGGGAAGAAGGUUCGUUCGGCUGUGGUUGAACGAUAUGGUUCGGUGGCUUACGCUGUAGUGACGAACGGACGAUCUGGUAACUUGGGCCGGGUGUGUACACCGGCGUCCUGAUGGUGUUCGAGGUGGUGAUAGCAAGAGCUAGCAACCCCGCCGCGCGUUCACGGCAACAGAGACGACGGGGGUGUGUCCGUUGUUGUCGUUAUUGUUGUUGUUGAUAGCAUAUCUUAUAGAAUAAUAAUCCGCGUGUGCUUGCCGUGAAUCUGCGUGAACGAGAAGCAUCCCGGCGUCGUGGAGGCUACACUCCGUAAGGUGCUGUGCAAUGGGCAGUUGUUUGACCUGCUUCCGAACGCCACCGAAUGCGAAUGCCGCGGCAACUACCGGUGGCAGUACGGCGGCCACUUCCGGUGGAACCACGAUACCGCACCACAACGAUCCCACCGUAUUGUCCUACACUGAUACGGAAGCGGUCGCACAUGAAACAGACGAUCUGCUGCCAAACAGUCCACUUGCUGUUGGUCACCACCUUGGGCUGAGCUCGGAGCGACGGAGUGGUGGAAGCUUCAAGAAAUCCGGCCUCGGUAGCAUUCUGAACGGCAACAUUGGUGGUGGCAGCGCCGGUGGUGGUGGUGUUGUCGCUGGAAUAGGAACUGGCACUGGCACCGGUGUGUCCGGUGUGCCAGGCAUCGAGUGCACAAACAAUAAUGCUAGCAAGGAUCUGAGCAUACCGGGCGGGGGGUACUGUGGUGGUGGUGUUGGUAUCGGCGGCGGUCCACUGCUACUUUCGGACAACGAUCUAAACAAGCUGUUCGAAAGCUACAAGGACGCGCAGGAGGAUGCGAUCCUGUCCGAAGGGAUCGAGCGGUUGUGCGGUGAUCUCGGCUACAAACCGGACGAUUUCGCGAUACUCGUGCUGGCGUGGCGACUAGAUGCCGGCCAAAUGUGCCAGUUCACGAAGGCGGAAUUCAUUCAGGGCCUGCAGCGCAUGAAUGCGGCCAGUAUCGAGGACAUACGUUGCCGGUUACAGCAGAUCGUCGAGCGCCUACGUACGGAUGGUACGGAGGACUUCAAGUCGCUGUACCGUUUCACGUUCCGCUUCGGGCUCGAACCCGGCCACCGGAUACUAUCACUCGAUAUGGCCAUCAGCCUGUGGCGGCUCGUGUUUACCGUGCACACACCCGACAUCCUGCAGCGCUGGUUGGACUUUCUGGAGCAGCACCAGAACAUAAGGGGCGUGCCGAAGGACACGUGGAAUAUGUUUCUGAACUUUGUAGAAUCCUGUGAUAUCGAGCACUACGACGACACCGAGGCCUGGCCUAGCCUGUUUGACGACUUUGUCGAGUACGAGCAGGAGCGAACCGGUCAGCUGGCGAUAGCGGCAGCGGCAGCGGCUGCAGCUGAGACCAGCAACGGUGGCGUACCACCGGACAGCGACGGUGGAGGUGGAGAGCCACCGCCUUCCAAUGCCUACAACCUUCAUCACCAUACUUACCAUCAGCAGGCACAAGGUUACCAAGGCUCAUAGUAUUGCUUCAUCGUAAAUCGUCUAUCAUCACCGUCGCCAUUAUCAUCAUGCUGAACGCAACACAGACAACCCCGAUACAACAAUAAGCAUCCAAGCUCAUUGUUUCCCGUCUGGAUUAGGAGAAACACACACUCUUUCUCUCUCAUUCUCGAUUUCCUUCUCUCUAAUCUACUCUCUGUAGAAACUUUUUUAAGGGAAAAAUAGUAGAUCGCAACCAUAUUUUAAAAGAAUUCAUUUGUUGCUGCCGUACUCUCGUUAAGCAAACACAUUCACAUGGCGACCACAUUGAUCCGUGCUUUGCUGAAGAUGAUAAUGGUUGCCGUUUUUCGCUGAUUAUUAUUUAUUAUCACUACGUACUAUGUAUUGCUACUGUAGCAACUGCUUUCACCCCACUGCUUCUACUGCUGCUCGUUCUACUGAUCCAAUCAAUCGAUGCAAUUCUCAUCAGAUAGUGAUCGGAAUCCAUGCCACUUUGGUUAGUUCCUGAUCAACGUGGAUCGAGUGCAACAAGUACAUAAAUAAUUUACUUUUACAAUUAAAUCCAUGAAAUUGACAGAAGCGGCAGCAACAGUAGCAUCGUGAGCCCAGGGACUUGCUGGUUGGACGUUGGCUUUGGAUUUGGUUUUUUUAUUUAAUGCUAUCGCAGUGAAUCCCGGAACUUUAGUAUGAAGCGGAGCCGAUGUUUUUAGGCCACACGUUUUUGUAAAGCAUGCCCGCUGUUCAUUGGACGAUAAAGAGAGGGAGAAAGAGUACGAUUUUCACGAAAAUAGCGAUAAUGCUGGACCACACGGCUGAAAUGUUAGCAUUAGCGAAAUUGUAGCGAAACAUGUAAAGCGAUGACCACGCCUAACGAUAACGCUUUACGUACCGCCGGUAUGUGUGUGUCUGUCUAGGACUACGACGUUAAUCCGUUCCACCUAACGACGGGUGGCAAAAGCCAAUACAUUGAGUUGGUUCCUUUCUUUUUUUUUUAGCAAAAAGGAAAUUAUAAAAAUAGUUUUGCACACACGCGCGGAGCAGUAGAUUAAGAAGGAGUACUGGAUUUAUAGGCAAAAUAUGUUGCAGGCAGCGUGCAACGACGCCCCGAACAACCCGGUGGGUCAGUGGGGGCUUCUAUGUGAUUGACGACGAGUUCGCUGUGUGCCGCAUUCAAUUAGGCGCGUGCAGGCGGUAACCGUUGUCUAUUAUUUAACUUUUGUUUUCUCUUACGAGGGUUCAAUUUUACUAAAAACGAAAAGAAUGUGCAAAAAACCGCGUUUAGAACAGAUUUAGUCGCAGCGGCGACGGUGAGCAAGCCCACACAGAGAAACAAUCGAGUAUCGAGAACGAUCACGCGAAUCGUUCCUGUAGAGAAAAGAAAAAAAAACAAUGCGAAAAUGAGCAGGACGUGGAAAAUCGAUAUCAAAUCGCGUGUAGUGUUGUAGUCCGCGCAGCCCGCAUUAACUUUAAAUGGUUUUUUUUGGAAAUAAAACAAUUCAAAACCUGA